UUUUAUAAAUGGAUUGCCCAAGUUGUUUCCAGACUUUUGACGAAACAGUACGUAUCCCAAGAAACUUAUCAUGUGGGCAUACCUUUUGUGAAGAUUGUUUAGUAAAUAUGCAGGAGAAAUAAACUAAAUACAUGUCCAAUCUGAAGACUCCAGCUCCCGAAGGGCUAUGAGGCUAUUAAAUUCCCGAAAAAUUUUAUUGCUCUAGAAAUAGCCAGAAAGCAUCAAGAAAUGCAGACGAAGUACAAGAUGUGCUCUAUUCAUCCCAAGGAAGGGCUCCGUUACUUCUGUGAUACCUGCGAUAAACUAAUCUGCGCUGAGUGUAUCUUUGACCACUCAGGACAUCAGUUUGUUAGGCACGAAGAAUCUAGCUUUGUCAUAAAAGAAGUUUCCAAAGAGAUUAAGAAGCUUAUUGGAAAAGCAGAAUCUGGUUUGAAGUACCUUGAUGACAAACGUCAAAAAGACUUAGAAAGAGUUGAUGAAGAGGUCAAGAGAAUCAUUGAAAAUGUUGAGAAAAGAGCUGAGUGAGUCAAAGAAGAGUACCAAAAAUUAGUAGAUGCUGAAAAAGAUAAAAUCGCUAAAGACUUAGAGGUUUAUCAUCAACAGCUCGAAUCUCUCAAGUUUGAAGAGGAGAAGAAAGAAGAGGCUAAGGAAGAGGGCAAAGAGGAAAAUGAGAAAAAUAAAGAGCAGAAUAUGGCUGUGUUCGCAUUUGAUUUGAAGAAGAAGUUAGCUCCAAUCCAUCUGAAGUUCCCAAAUAUUGAUAUUGAUAUGAAUAAAAGAGAGACUGAUGAGAUUGUGAAGAAGAUAGGAAACCUGAGCUAUAUCCCCCAUCUCAAGAAUAAGCGUAUCUGUUUCUUUGGGGAUUCCAAUAAAGUCAUGGAAUAUUCUUUAGAUUCAAAGAAAUGGGGCAUGAAGCAACUACAUUCAAGUAAUGAUCUGUUAUAUUACUCAGCUGCAGUGACUCUUCCAAAUGGAGAUGCACUCAUUAUUGGAGGAGGAAGCUCAACCGUUGUCUACCAAUACACGAAUGGCUGAGAAUUAAUCAAGCGUAAAUCUAUGAAUCAAGUGAGGAAAGAACAUUCUGCUGUAAUCCUGGGAAAGAACAUUUAUGUGAUGGGAGGAUAUGAUGGAAUCAUGGGCAACUUCUUAGACUCCUGUGAGAUGUUCAAUUGUGAGGAUAAUGAAGACUGGAAGUACUUCAGUCCGAUGCUCAUCUCCAAAUGAGCUUUUUCAGCCUGCAUAGUAGAUAAGUUUAUUUAUACAUUUGGAGGCUAUGAUGGGAAUAAAAGACUUGAUACAAUUGAUAAAUACAGUAUUAAGGACAAUAAAUGGGAGAUGUGCGACUUCAAGCUAAGAUUUGCCCUUUCAAACUGAGCUUGCUUCAGUCCAUUCAUUAAUAAGGUAGUGAUCUUUGGAGGUGGAUUUAGUUCAGGCUUUUCGAAUUUUGUCGAAAUGAUAGAUAUAAAAACAGGAGAAUGGACUUCACUUCCAAAAAUGAGAGAAGGUAGAGACUUGAGGAAUAAGGUAGUAUAUUGAAAUGGCCAUGCUUAUGCUAUUGGAGGACUGAAUUGUAAAUGUGAAAAGCUCAAUGUGAGUAAAAAGCAAUGGUCUCCUCUCGACGAUUAUGUUAUAAAUGAUAACUUAGACUCUUGGUCCUGCUCUCUUAUGUUUACUCCAUCAAAUACUUUCGAUUCUCAGGAUAUGAGCAUUUUAAAUGAUGACUUUUAUCUUUGUGAAGACCAAGAAAAAUAUAAUCAGCAGAUUGAGUUACUGAUGGAGAAUUCAUCAAAUGAAGAGAUUUCUGAGUUUUCUGAAGACCCUUCUGAAGAAAUUUAUGAAUAGUUAUAUUUAGUUGCAAGUUUCAUUUUUAUG